AACGUGUCAGACGUUGGCAGACUUGGGAGUGACACGGACAGGAGAAUACUUCGUGGAUCCUGACGGAGUGUUGAUCGGCGAUGCACCCAUCAAAGUGCUCUGUGACAUGGAGACAGAUCCAGUAUCCACGAUUGUCCUUCACGAUUCAAUGGGAAACACUGAGAUAGGUCGAUGUGCUGAUCCUGGAUGCUACAGUCGCAGCAUAAUGUAUGGUGCAACUGUGAAACAGAUGGUGGCAUUGAUGGAGCAAUCAAAAUCGUGUGAACAGCAAAUGAGAUACGACUGCUUUACGACGGCCCUCACUACUGCCGACACGCAUUAUUCAUGGUGGGUGGACCGUCAUGGCCAACCUCAGUAUUAUUGGGAUGGUUCACACGCUGGGGAGCACGUGUGCAAUUGUGGCCUCACUUCCGACUGCAUUGACCCGAUUAUGAUGUGCAAUUGCGACGCUAAGGCACCCCAAUGGGAAUCAGACGCUGGAAUUAUCACCAAUAGAACAGCGCUGCCUAUAAUUGAGCUGCGACUUGGCGGGUUAAGGUUUAAAGGGCAGAAGGCUAAUUACACACUUGGCGGGUUGGUCUGUAGGGCCAAGGUUCCUCCCCCGAACAAUCCAGCCGAAUCUUGUUCAUCUCUUCGCCGAGCUGGAAACGAUCAUCCUGGUUAUUACCUGAUCAACUCCAAGAAAGGUCGUUUGGAUGUUGUUAUGUGUAGGAUGGAUCUGGAGGAGACCGACCCGGAGUUUCAGGUGGAGACUAGUGCACGUAUUGCAUGGGGUGGUUUUACCCAUGGCAAGGUAACUCCUCCAGACAAUCCAGCCCAUUCUUGUUCAUCUCUUCGCCGAGCUGGAAACGCAUAUCCUGGGUAUUACCUGAUCAGCCCCAAGAAAGGUCGCUUGGAUGUUGUUAUGUGUAGGAUGGAUCUGGAGGAGACCGACUCGGAGUUUCAGGUGGAGACCGGUGUCCGUCUUGCAGGAGGAGUUUAUUUCAAUGCCUUUCAUUCAUUGGGAAGCGCGGGCAGCGUACUUCACUUCAAGGAAACCGCAGUUAACAGCAUGUGUCGGAAAAUUCAAGAACUGGGCCUAACUCAGCUCUACAGAGAAGAUGAUGACUUUGCCAUAAAGAUUCGUAUGAUGACAUGUCUCGCCUUCGUUCCAGUGGAAGACGUCCAGAAAGUAUUUGCUGAAUUGGAAGCAACCAUGCCAUCUGAAGCCAAACCUGUUGUGCAGUAUUUCCGGGAAACUUACGUCGAUGGAAGAAGACGACGGGGCAGAGCCAGAAAUGAGGUUGUCUAUCCACCGCAGCUGUGGAAUGUUCGAGAUCGAACCCUCUCCGAGCUCAAAGUAGAACUGUCAGUGACAGAGCAUGUCAUUUUGAAGUUGGGAGCGGGCAACAUUCCAGGGAAAAAGAAAGCAGAGAUUGACAAGAACAACAGAAUUCUGGCAAUCACGCGUACCUAUGGGGAUCGCUGCAAUAUGUCUUUCUUGAGAGGCUUUGUCACCGUAGCGAAAGUCACACCUCCCCCUCCAACUCCUCGAAUCACAGGCGACAGACAAUGGAAAGCGGAUAUUGGUCCGCGCCUAUAUCCGCCUUCAAGGCUACUGGACAAGGCUACUAGAAAGCUGAGUACCGACUACGAGAACAUGAAAAAAGAGCACGAACAACUCAAGUCUAGCUUCCAGGAACAUCUCCAGGAAAGAUACAAGCUUGAACUUCAACUGAACACCACAGAAAAAAGACUCCAAUGUCUGGAGGCUAUUAGCCUACAAAUAGCUCCCCGAACGUGUCAGACGUUGGCAGACUUGGGAGUGACACGGACAGGAGAAUACCUCGUGGAUCCUGACGUAGUGUUGAUCGGCGAUGCACCCAUCAAAGUGCUCUGUGACAUGGAGACAGGUCGUACAACUGUUUCACGACGGCUCUCACUACUGGAGACAUACACUAUGCCUGGUAGGUGGACCGUCACGGCGAACCUCAGUACUAUUAGGACUGGUCAAACGCAGGACAACACAUAUGCAAGUGCCGUCCCUCUGGCAACUGCAUCCUCUCCAACCUGCCUUGCAAUUGUGAUGCAAAAGCCCCAUGAUGGGAAUCAGACUCAGGGGCGGGGCAAGACUCCGCCCCGGGAAAAUCCAACAGAAUCCUGUUCAUCUCUCCGACAAGCUGGAAACACUCACUCCGGCUAUUACUUGAUCAAUCCUAAGAAAGGUCGCUUGGAUGUUGCUAUGUGUUGGAUGGAUUUGGAGGAGUCCGACCCGAAGUUUCAGGUGGAAACCAGUGCAACUAUUGCAUGGGGUGGAUUUACCCAUGGCAAGGUUACGCCUCCGAACAAUCCAGCGCAAUCCUGUUCGUCUCUUCGCCGAGCUGCACAGCAAAGUAGAAACGUACAAGGAGAGGUAGAUAUUGUGUCCCUCGUGUCUGCACGUGUGGUCCAGACGUACACGUGUACGUUGCUGAUGCAGAUGUCCGGGUUCUCGGUGCAGUACUCGAAGUAG